UCCAUCAGUUGGAUGUGUCUCAAUUUUACAAUAGUUGACCAUAUUUAUUAAUAAUCCUCGCAUCUUGCAAGAAUUAAUUUUGUCUCAUAUUGCAUAAAUACAAGUCAGUUUCAUAAACAAACCAAACUAAAAAAAACUAUGCCAGUUACAAAGUUAAUUGAAUUAAACUCGGGUCACACAAUGCCCGUGGUAGGGCUUGGAACGGGAAAGAUUAUAGAAUCUCAAGAAAUCCACAACACGAUUGGCAUCGCCGUGAAGAAUGGCUACAGGCAUUUUGAUACUGCAUUUUCAUACAAGAAUGAAAUUGGCAUUGGAGAAGCUCUCAAGUAUCAAAUAGAUGCUGGGAAUGUGACGAGACAUGAAAUUUUCAUUGCUACAAAACUACCACUUAUCGGAAUGAGUCGCAGUCGUGUUUCUCAAUUUGUAAAUUUGUCUUUGAAAAAUUUGCAACUUGACUACAUCGAUCUCUAUCUCAUUCAUUGGCCUGUGGGACUGACGUAUGUUUCUGAACAUGAAUUAAUGCCACGAGACGAAAAUGGACAACUUCAACUGGACAUGACAACUAACUUGGUAGAAAUUUGGAAAGCGAUGGAGGAUCAAGUUGAUCAAGGAAGAGUAAAGGCUAUCGGAUUAUCCAACUGCACACAACAGCAAAUUCAACGAAUCUUGAACAUUUGCCGAAUUAAACCUGCCAGCUUACAGAUUGAAGUUCACCUCUACUUUCAACAAAAUGAAUUGAGAAUGUUUUGCAAGAAAAAUGACAUUUCUGUCACUGCAUACUCUCCGCUCGGAUCCCAAGGGCGUUCAAAUUAUAUAAAUGCCCACAAACUGAAAGUCCCAAAACUGUUUCAAGAUCCAGUUGUAAAAAAGAUUGCUGCUUCACAUGAAAAAACUCCAGCUCAGAUUCUUCUUAGGUUCUUGGUUCAAGGAUUAAAUGUUCAAGUGAUUCCAAAAACAGUGGACUCUACCAGAUUGCAUGAAAAUAUCGAGAUAUUUGACUUUGAAUUAUCAACGGAAGAGAUUGAACGAUUGAUGGAACUUGACGAAGGCGAGUUUGGACGAUGCUGUCGAUCCUUUGAAGGGGCAAUUUUACAUCCAGAGUGUCCAUUCGAUUAAUUAGAUACAUAUUUAUACUAAUGGGGGGUUCAAGUGGAAACAUCAAACAUGCAAGUUUAUAAUUGUUUGUAAAAUUUUUUAACGCAUAAUAUAUAUUUUAAUAAAAAAACUUAUUCUGUACAGUCAA